UGCCACGCGGGCGCCAUGCGGGAAGGCGCCGAAGACCACAUCGACGAUGACGACGCUGCCGCUGCCGCCGCCGUGGAGUCGCAGGUGAACCCUGGCAGCAAGGCGGCGCAGAAGGGUGUGCGCGAGGGUGACGUCAUCUCGAGCAUCAAUGGGCAGUCUACGCGCGCCGUCUCCAACAGCGACGCGCACGCGCUGCUACGCAACGCCGGGCACACGCUGCGGCUCGGCCUCAACGAGGAAUGCAGCGGUUCGCCCAAGCGACGCAACAUCAGGAACGCUCAGCAGCAGCAGCAUCAGCAGACGCAGCCAACGAGGGAAAACCAUGUAACGAACGACUCAGUUAAACGAGGCGGUAGCAGCAGCAGUAGCAGCACCAGCAGCGCCUCUACCGGCAUCACCGUCAAGUCAGCGGACGGCAGCCCCUCGCACAGCGCCGCUGCUGCGGGCGAGAACGGCAAGGCGAGCCCCCAGCCAGCGACGUCGUCUGCAGACUCCUCCAAGGGGGUGUGGACGCCUUCCCCGAAGCUGAGCAGCGCCGGGACUCCCGAACCUGGGGCAGGGGAUUCCCAGCAGCAGCAGCAGCAGCAGCAGGUGGAGGGGGGCGACGCCAGGAACCAGGGGGAGUCCCCGGCUCCCGUGCCCGUCUGGACACCUCAGGCCAGUCCCACCGUCGAGCGGAGGCAUUUCCGGCCAGUCAACUUCAGCCCCACGCCUCAACAGCAGCAGCAACAACAACAACAACAACUGCAGCGCAGAGAGGAAGCACAGCCAGAGUCCCGCCAGCAGCAGCAGGCAGAGCCGGUGCGGCCGCCAUGGGAGCAGCAGCAGCAGCAGCAAGGGCUGGAGCAGCAGGCGGCAGGUAGCGGGCGGCUGGUGCAGAGCCAGAGCGCGCCCGUGGGCGGCCUGUCGGGGCUGGCGCUGCCGCGGGCGCCCAACCCCACCGUCACCCUGCUGCAGAAGGCCCGAGAAGGUCAGUUGCCUCGUGGAGCCCUGUACCUGGAUCACAAGAUGUCCUCCAAGGAGAGCGAUAAACCUAUUAUAGGACAGAACGAAAUCUUAUAUUCUGUCAAGAGUGAGUACGAAAAGGAAGUGGAAGGACACAGGAAGAAGAUUGUGGAACUGGGGCCACGCAAAUUCGAGGGUAUUGGGCCUACGACGAAGGACGGGAUACCCAUCGUGCUGCGGUCGGAAGUGAAAGACAGCAACCAAGCGAAAUGGUACAAACGGAUGUACGACUCUCUGCAUCGUACUGGAAAGGAUGACGACUAUAUCACAAUCUAUUACAAGCCGAGAAGAGGUCGUUAUCCGUACACGUCGCCUGGUGGGUACCUGUCCGAACCAGAGAUCGGAGGAUAUGAUUCCGAUGCUGGCUAUUCGUCGAAAUAUGCGACUCUUGAUCGACGACGAAUCAAAAAUAAGGAGAACGAUUUCACCACAAGCACGCUGCCACGCUCAAAGUAUGUUCCUCACCCUUCAUCAAUCAAAUAUGCGACAGAAAUAUACAAAAAUCAACCUGGAAGAAUAGAGGAUUAUGAACCAGGCCAUUCAUCAAUAUCAGAGCGUGAAGCAAAACAAUGGUGGGACGAGGUUCUGGAUAUAUUUGAUGGGUGGUUGGACACUCACGCUCCGUCUCCCAAUUAUCGCUCACUACUAGCGGAAGCCAUCUAUCAAAGACAGGCAGCAAAUGAACAGCACACGCCAACAACACCAUCAAAUAAGUCUUUCAUGACAUACGCGCUGAAGGAUGGCUACGAGAGCGACUCGACGCUGGUGUUCAAGCGGCGGGACGACCAGGUGCAGGAGCAGCUGAGCCCGGCGGAGCAGAAGAUGGUCUACAAGGCGAUCCAGCGCGGCGGCGAGGUGCCUCUGCACGGCCUGCGGAAGCCCGCGCCACAGCGGCCCAAGGAGUCGCCGCACCGCUAUGUGGAGUCGGAGGUGACCAUCCACUACCGCAGUCCGGUGCGGUCCGAGGCGAAGGAGGCGCUCUCCGAGGAGGAACUGGCCCGCCGGCAGGCGGAGGCUAUGCGCAGGAUCUAUCAGGAGGAGCGCCGCCGCAAGUACCUGCAGGAGCUGCAAGACAUGCACAGUCGCCGCCACACCGACAACUUCACCCCCUCUCAGAAGUCACCUAUUCCGCUGAACCGCUAUGACGACUUCUUGGAUGAUGCCAGCUCCAAGUCAAGGCCAAGAGACAAAACUCCUGAGCCCAAGCUGGUCGCUCGUGCGCUGUACAACUUUGUUGGACAGACUUCAAGAGAGCUCAGCUUCAGGCGGGGAGACAUCAUAUUCGUGAGGAGACAGAUUGACAAGAAUUGGUAUGAGGGAGAGCACAACGCCAUGGUGGGGCUCUUCCCUCUCAACUAUGUUGAGAUAAUACCCUACGAUGGAAUUCGAACAAUGCCAAAGAAACCAACUGAAGGACAGGCAAAGGCAAAAUUCAAUUUUAUUGCACAAACACAUCUUGAAUUGUCUCUUGUAAAAGGAGAACUGGUAGUUCUGACACGAAGAGUAGAUGAAAACUGGUAUGAAGGUCGUAUAGGAAACAGGAAAGGCAUUUUCCCAGUUUCCUAUGUAGAGGUGUUGCAGGAACCAGGAGACAAUAGGACAGGAAUGCUAGCAACGCCAACGAAACCCACGAGCACACCUACGAUGCAGUCAGUGUUGGUGAAUGGCGCAGGGGUGAAGAAUUACCACCAGCCAGGCUCCACCUACUACAGCCAGAACAAAGCAACGAGUCCGUACACAUCCAGCAGCCCUUAUGCAACACUGCCAAGACAAGCCCAGCCGCCUAAGCAGCCAGUGGCCCCUGUCAACCAAACACUUCACAUCGAUACGCAUUCAGAGCCUGUUCCCUACAAGGCUCUAUAUAACUACAGACCUCAAAAUGAGGAUGAACUGGAAUUGAGAGAGGGCGAUACUGUCUAUGUUAUGGAAAAAUGUGAUGAUGGCUGGUAUGUUGGUUCUAGCCAAAGAACUGGUUUCUUUGGAACUUUUCCUGGUAACUAUGUGGAAAGAUUGUAAGUUGAUAUGGAAUCUGAGAGAAUAUAUGAAGAACUACUUUUUCUGUAGAUAGUGAACAUACUAACUGGCAUUUUACCCACUGUACUGCCAUCAUAGUCUGCCCAUCAGCAAAUACAGAAAUGACCUUUAUGUAAAUAAAUAAGUAACCACUGAUUUGUGCUUGUCAAAUAAAAUGAUUAUCAUUAGAUCAGUAACUUUUUUAAUGUUGAAGUAUGCAUGAAAGUACUCUUUGUUUCAGUAUUUUCAUGAAAAUACUGUAUAUUAUGUGCUGUAAAAUUUUUAUAUACCAAAGAGAUUCAAAUUAACAGCUACUAUAUGUAGCUGGUCACUCAUAGUAACUCAUUACAUCUACAGGGAUAGUUUUAACUGACUGUGUUAUCUAGCUUCUUAGCUUAAGACACUACAGAAUUUGUCAGUGCUUACAUGUUAAUUGAAAUUGUUGAUAUGUGGACUGUAAUAUGUUAUUUAUAACUUAUGGACUUGCAACAGAGUAAUUGUUAUUUUGCAUAAUCAAGUUAUUAGACAAAAGGAUCUGCACAGUAUCUGCCUGAUGGUGAAAUGACAAUACUUAAACACAACAACUACAAAAAUACUUCCCCUAUCAAGUGUUUCCUUAAACUUCACCAUUAUAAGAACCUCAAACUAUAAGACCUCUCUGUAAACAUAUAUUAAAAGCAUUCAAAAUGAAAUAUAAGGUAUGCACAGGAAGCAAUGUAUAUUUCUCUGUUACUUUGAGGUAUAAACCAAAUCUCAUUUUAAGUUGUCAUUGCUCCAUUGAAUCUUUCUGGAGAAACAAUAACAAUAGUAUAAGAUAAGUAAUAAAACUACAAAUUCACAUACAAAAAUGUAGUAUUUGAAAUCCUUCCUAUGUCUGAAUUUGACUAAAUGAAACAGAGCAAAGCAUUUCAUGGUCAGGUAUGUGCAGAUUUACUAGUUACAUAGCUCUCAAGUAAACGAAAUUGUGCUUCAACAAAUUGUAUUAUAUGUUGUGCUUCCAGUUUUUUUUCAGAAAGAAAUAAUAUAUACAUUGUAUGAGAAUGAAACUAUUUUGUAACUUGGAUGUAACUGGUUGGCCAUAGACAAUAUAAUUCAAUUUUUAUUUUUUGGGGAAUAUGCUCAUGAAAGAACAUACUAGCAAUUGACAAUGAUUUAGAUACUAUUUACUGAAAGUUUUAAAGUUGAUUUUCCAUACCAAGUAAAUUGUUGCAAUUAUUUUAUGAUGAUAUUGUAUAGAAUAAUGCAAUUUUUUGACUUCUAGCCUAAAAAAAGACAAGUCAUUUUGGAGCCACAUGUAGAGUAAAAUGUUACCCUGAUUCCAAAGUCAUAUUUAUAUAUAUAUAUAUUUGUAAGUGACACCAAGUCACAUAAUAUUUCAGGGCAUUUGAAUGGUUUCAAUAUUGUGCAUCACAGUAUACUCAGUGAGCCCAGUGUACACUAAUAUAUAUGCAGCAGUAACUUCCAAUUUAAAGAAUCUGCCUGGCAACAGACUAUAACAAUAAUCCUACACUACUUACACAUUUAUAUUCUUACUACAGCAGAGAUUAAAGUUAAAGUUUCCAUAUUGUAACAUCAGAGGUAUUAGUUGAGUUGUUAACUUACCUGUACAACAAAAAUUUCAGUUUUUUAUCAGUCCUGAAGCUGUAUUACCCCUCAAUACAACUAUGAAAAUUACUGUUAAUUUUCUUUAAGUUCUGUAGCAUCCAACUUGUUAACAUUUUUGUGAAUAGUGUUAAAUUGUGAGAAAUGCUUCUUCACUUAUACUUCUAGUCAUUAGCCAAAGGAUUUACACAACCAGUUACUAAGAAGCCUAAUUAAGUUGUUGUUAUCAAAUGGUUUGGUGAUUUACACCUAUUAGGCCGACUGAGCACCACAGGCAUCAGCUCAAGAUAUGUUAACAUCAGUGUCAAUGUGGUCUGAAACCUGAGGCAAAAUUACAUUUCUUUUACAGCCAUGCUAAUUAAGCAGAGCACUAUUCAUGUCAGUUUGUGUGUGUUAUUGACAUUGUAUUAGAUGCAGAAGCUGGAAGUGUAAAAUUCAAGAAACAUAGCAGUGCCUUUAACAAAAAAUAACCUACCAGGUAGUUGAUAAAUAAUUUGUUAUUAUUGUAACAUACUUAGCAAACACCAAAAUAAGAUAAUCAUGGUUUUUCACCAACAACUCGAACCAUUAAUUAACACAGAGAGGAACAUAUUUUCUGCCAUAUUUUGUCUUUCUGGUAAUGAAAACAAAGAUCUUAUUUUGUACCAGUUAGAACAUAGCAACAGAAAGUAACUAUGGAAAAACCGUUUGGUUUCUCUUGAUCAGUUAUAUAUAGAAGUUGUAAUGGAACAGUUAUAUCUCCAGCAAAUUCAGAACACAAAUUUAAAAAACUGCUAUGAAGAAUUUAAUGCUUCGUUGCUAAGUUUACCAGUUAAAAUGUAUUUUUGUAGAAAAUAUGAUUGACAGGUAAUCCUCUCAGAUGCACUUUUGUUAAUUAAUACAGAUAUUUAGGGCUUAAAAUGAGGUAAUUUCUUGAUGCUCUAAAACUCUCUUGGCCACAUUUUCAAUGAAAUAAUUAGCGAGAACAAAUUAUUGUUAAUUAUUAUGUUUAUACCAAAAUGAGAAACCAAAUCAAUAAUAAAUGCCAUCAUCAUAUCAUUUUAUACAAGUUGUCACUACCUUAAAGCAUGUCAUAAAUCCUGUGUCAGAACUGUAAUUAAUAAAGUGGCUAAAUAAAAUUGUCUAA